AUGGCGUACUCGUCAACAACAUACUCCUUUAAAGUACAUAAUCUACAUACUGCAGUUGCUAAUGCUGAUGGUAACUCUGAUUUUGAAGAUUCCGAAAUUAAUAUGGUUCAUACAGUCAGUGCACACGCAACUAAGCAAGAUAAGAUAGUUGCAUCCUUCAUCAUAAAGGACACAUCCAAGCGUAUCCGACUACAACUUGAUUCUGGAGCAACAUGUAAUGUACUUCAUGUUAGCAGCGUCCCCACUGGUACGUCAAUUAAAAAUUCAAACACCACCCUCGUGACUUACAACAAAACAAAAAUGCGACCACUAGUUGAUGCACACCCUAUCAUUCAUCCUCCAAGAAAAGUACCAAUAGCAUUAAAGGAUAAACUUAAAACAGAGCUUGAUAGACUAGAGCACACAGGAGUCAUUCAACCUGUUACAGACGAAGCAACACCAUGGGUCAACAGUAUUGUAGUCGUUGACAGACCAAACAAAACUCGUGUAUGCUUAGAUCCCAGAGAUUUAAAUAAAGUAAUCAAACGUCGCCACUAUCGAAUGCCAACCAUCGAUGAUAUUCUGCCUCAUAUGCACAAUGCUAAGAUUUUUUGCGUACUUGCAAAAGAUGGUUACUGUCAAAUAAAGCUAACUAAGAAAAGCUCACGACUAACCACAUUUAAUUCUCCAUUUGGUCGAUAUAGAUAUCUUCGCUUACCAUUUGGAUUAAUCUCAGCUAGUGAAGAAUACCAAAGAAGUCAAGAUCAAUCACUACAGAAUCUUGAAGGUGUUAAAACGAUAGUUGAUGAUAUUUUAGUCAUUGGUACAGGUGACACGAUGGAAGAUGUUAUAUGCAAUCACAAUAAGAAUCUCGCAAAUCUUAUGAAACGCGCCACAGCAGUGGAUCUGAAACUGAACAAGCAUAAAUAA